AUGCCGGAACAUGAUCCCUUGGUUUUAUCCUACUCUCAUCUGGCGCAGUUUCGGCGCGCAGAUGAGGCGUUGACCACCUUGAAGAAAGUGGCUUCUCUGGUGAAGCCUAUUAUGCGCAGUCGAGGAUGGAAAGUUGGAGAGCUUGCCGAAUUCUAUCCAUCACAACAGAACUUACUAGGGCUGAAUGUCAAUCACGGACAGAAAAUAUGCUUGCGACUACGUCAUGCACCGGAUCAGAACCAGUUUCUCCGUACAGAGGAUGUUGUUGACACUAUGCUGCAUGAACUAUGCCACAUUGUACACGGGCCUCAUGAUGCCAAGUUUCACGCCCUCUGGGAUCAGCUGCGUGAUGAAUGGCAAGGCCUUCUCUACAAAGGCUAUACAGGCGAAGGAUUCUUGUCUAAGGGCCAUCGGCUGGGCGGGAGCCAGAUGUUACCGCUACAUGAAGUGCAACGGCUUGCCCGUGCCGCCGCUGAAAAGCGAAAAGCUCACCAGCAAUUGACUCAGGGGUCAGGGCGGCGACUUGGCGGAGGAGACAUAUCACGACCGCCAAGGCCAGGCAGGAACCUACGUCAAGCGGCAGCGGCAGCGGCCGAGAGACGCAACAAAGCCCUUGAAGGCUGUGCCACUGAGAAACUCAGCGAGAAUGAGAUACAUGAUAUUGCAGAUACGGCGUCAAAGAAUGGAUUUCGGACACAGGCCGAAGAGGACGAGGCUAAUGAGCUUGCUAUCUCGCAAGCGCUGUGGGAGCUAGCUCAGGAAGACGAGAUGGCCAGUUCGGGUGGCUCAUAUGUAACCCCAUCGCCAGCGGAAAAAGUUAUGAAAGGAAGCGGGAACGCCUCUGUUUUUGACGGCAGUAUCUUAAAUGCAGGAACAGGCAGCACGAGCAGUGAUUACAUUAAGAGACGGGCACCCCCUCGACCAGACGAAGAACAGUUCUGGAUAUGUUCGGUAUGCACUUUGCACAACCCGCAGAACUUCCUGUGCUGUGAUGCCUGUGGAGAAGAGCGCAGUGAGAGGGCAUUGAACGUACCAGUGAAGCCGAGACAACCCGGACCGAGGCCAGCUGUCAUUGACCUAACAAACAGCCCCCCUAAAAAGAAGACGAAGGCUGGUGAGGCCUCACGAAUAGCACAGACGACACAGCGGCCACCAACAUCGGCGUCGGCAUCGGGCUCCACGUCGGCACCGGCCCCAGCACCCCCUCGGCCGUCAACUUGGCGCUGCGAGUAUUGCGCGACAGAGAUGGAGCGGCAGUGGUGGACCUGCUCGAAUUGCGGGCAGAUGAAGUUUAAUUCGCGAUAG